AUGUUUGGCUCAGUAAAUCUUUUCUCAACAAAUCAUUUAUUUGCUGUCGGAUUUAUUUCCGAUGCAACAUGUUUAAAAAAUAAACAAUUGUAUCAAGAUUUACUUGAUGAUAAUAAAUAUUCAAAAUUAAUGGGUAUCUAUGUAGAGUAUAACGACCUAUUUGAAGCGUUACAAAAUGAAUUAUGUUUACUAUUACAGCAUUUAUCGAUAUUUAAUUUAUUUGAGAAAAAUAGUAAACCUAUAUGUGAUUUAAAUGAUGAAUCUCUUGACUAUUUACGGUAUCAAUUAUUACGUGAUACUCUGAUGAAUAUGAAUUUAUUGGCUUCGAAACAAGAAAUGAUCGACUACUAUCCGAAAAGACUAUUUGAGGAAAAUUUAGAAUUUUAUCGAGAAGUAUCUAAAUCAUUUGUAGUUUAUCGUGAUGGUGAGUUAUUUCCAGCGGCUAUUGCACAGCUAAAAAUAUUAAAAGGAAAAUACAUAUCGACUAACGGAUUUUUAUCUACGAUAUUACUGCGUGAUGUAGCAGAAUGUUUUAUGUUUAAUGUUAUAUUCGAAAUUAUAAUUGAUACCGAAUUAACGAAUAGUGUUUAUGCUUAUAUAUCAGAGUUUAAUGAGAACCCACAUGAAGAAGAGAUUUUAUUUGAUCUGGGUGCCGUAUUUAAAAUUACUGAUAUUAGAAACAUUAUUAAGAGAGAAAAAGACAUCUUGAUUGUAUCGAUGACAUGUGUAGGUGACGCUGAGUGUUUGAAAAACGAUUAUAUCGAAAAACAGCGGAAUAUAAUGCAACAAGACUUUUGGCCAGAUAAUUAUUAUGGAGAUUUUUUAAUUAAAAUGGAUAUUCAUUUAACUAUUGCAAAUAUCUAUCUUGCACAAGAAAACUAUUUAUAUGCUCUUAAACAUCUUGAUCAAUGUUUAGAAAUACAUAAUGAAUUUGAUCCAUCCAAUUAUGAUGAAAAAGUUAAUAUACACUUUAGCAUAGGUAAAACUUAUCAUCGAAUGGUGAAUUAUCCUAAGGCACUAAAACAUUUACUAGAAUGUGUAUCGAUAAGACAUAGACCAAUUUCUUUCAGUAGUUACCCUAUAUUUACAACAAUCUAUCGUUUAAUCGGUACUAUUUACUUUAAAACUAAAGAACUCAAUUUAUCUUUACAAUAUUAUACAGAAGCGUUAGAAUAUGAGCAACAAACAAGGUCAGAAACUACUGAAAUGUGUGGUACGAUUCAUAAUGAUCUAGGGGAAUGUUACUAUCUACAAGAUCAGUAUGCUGAAGCAGGUGAACACUAUCAAAAGUCACUGACGAUAAUCGAAAGAACAAAUAACAAAAAUGGUAAAAGAGAAAUGACUCGUUUAAAUUACUGUAUCAGAUAUUGCUAUUUGUUACAAAAUAAUGAUGAAGAUGAUUUAAUAUUAAAACAUUUUAUAAAAUCCUUCGAAUUAUUUGAAAAUUAUUCAUCCGAAUAUGAUGAUUUCGUGACAAUUAUUAAAAUAUCCAAAUAUAUUACUGCAUUAUAUAUGAAAAAAGAUAACGAUAAUUUAUUAUUAACACAUUUCGAAAGAAUGCUAUUAUUAAUGCAGAAGCAAAAUUUAAAUGAAAAAGAGAAAAUUGAAGUUCAAGAUUUGUGUAUCGAUAUUGGUUCAUGUUAG